AUGACAUACAGCUACCCCACCAAUGCUCCCCUCACCGAGACACUGACCGACCACACCGAAGUCGAGAGCACGGAAGUGGAGCCUCUGAGUGUCACGUGCGGGGUGAAAAUCCUGGCGAGUGAGGAGACGAAGGCGAAACCCCGACCCGCAACACCGAAGUUUUCUGCUUUCACCACCACCCUGCGAGUGUCCAAAUCUGCCAUUCAACCCCUCCAGAUUCCGUCAAGACAAUCCGCACUCGCACCGAUCCGACUCUUCGCAUCGAUCAACGAAAUCAGUCAAGAUGGUGAGACUCCCUCCGCUGCUGCCCUCGACGUCCUCCAGCGACACGUGUGUGACUACGAACCGACGACCAACCACCUCGAUGACGCCUACAAUCAUUCGCCACAACACUACUGCCCGACCACGAUGAAGAUCACGAGGAUGAAGAUAUUUUGGGAACACGACUUGGAAUAUGGACCUGGAUUGGACGUUCUCGCCGUUGACCUCCUCAACCCCUCCCCUGCCGCCGAGGCCAAGAAGCACAAGCUCAAGACCCUCGUGCCCGCCCCCCGCUCCUUCUUCAUGGACGUCAAGUGCCCCGGCUGCUUCACCAUCACCACCGUCUUCUCGCACGCCCAGACCGUUGUCAUCUGCCAGGGCUGCACCACCGUCCUCUGCCAGCCCACUGGUGGCAAGGCCAGGCUCACCGAGGGCUGCUCCUUCCGGAGGAAGUAG